AAAACUUCAACGAUAUAAUUCAAUUGUUUGGAAUAUGAAAACGACAUAAUCGAUGACUGGAUGGCAAGUGGCCAAAGAGUAUGUGCUGUAGUAUGGUAUGAAACAGGAGUGGCUUUAUUAAGUAAGAGGCGUGUUUGGCAGAGUAGUGUACCUUCCACUGCCUUCACUAGUAAUCCCGCCCAGGCUCUUCAGCUAAGUGAUCUGUGUGAGUGAGAGAAGCCCACCACAGUUGUCCGUACAUCGACCCCCUUUUUACAGUAUGCAUGUUCGCAAAGGGAUCCGCGGGCACUUUCCGACCAAGCGCAUGUUAUCUCCACGGAACCCACAUCAGAAAAGUAGAAGGUAGACACUUUGGAUGAGGGAGCCACUCUCGAGAGUUGGAAUCCAGCGGCGGAGAGCCCGAGUGACCGGAGCACGGCCAGAGACAGGGAGUGUAUUCGGGCGUGCUGCUUUCAGUCUAACCGUGGACAAUCAUGCAUGUGCUCUUCUGGGGUUUAGGAUUUCUUACAUUACUCCCUGACUUGUUGAUUGUAAAUGCAUCAACAACAGGGAGACAUUUGCUGAGCUCAACAAAAGCAAACGCACUCGGCGCGUACGAGAUUUUAACUCCAACAAGAGUGGAUGAAGCCGGUGACAGACUGCCUUCAAGUGUACACUUCAAACGGAAAAAGCGGAGUAUUGAUUCAGCAGCGGAUAACGGUGCUGAUCAGUGGGCCUCACCGACCAUCCAUUAUCGAAUUUCUGCUUUUGGACAGAAUUAUCACCUCAACCUCACACUUGAGUCCGGAUUUAUUGCUCCACUUUACACUGUCACGAUACUCGGAAUACCCAGCAAUGGUAACCUAACGGAGUUCUCACCAGAGGGGGAGGAGGAGGAGACGGAUUAUCAGCACUGCUUCUACCGAGGACAUGUGAAUGCAGACCCGGAGCACACCGCAGUUAUCAGCCUCUGCUCCGGUCUGCUUGGCACUUUCAGGUCACCAGAAGGGGAAUAUUUUGUGGAGCCCCUUCAUAGCUACAAUGGUGUGCAUUAUGAAGAAGAACACAACAAACCUCAUAUUGUGUAUAGAAAGGAUACCCCCGAGAAGGAUGGGAGGGAUGAGGAGGCAUGUGAAACUUCAGGACACAAAAAGAGACACAGGCGACACAGAGAGCAGGCAAAGAAGAGCCCUUCCGAUGGCAUGCAGGCUGAUCUGGAAAGGCUGAGCACUGGACUCUUCGCCGAUCCCUUCCCCAUGAGCGAAAACAAGCAUGCGGCUAAUGACAGCAGUGACUCAGGACCUCACAGGAGAUCAAAGCGCUUCCUCUCCUAUCCCCGCUUUGUAGAAGUCAUGGUGGUUGCAGACAGCAAAAUGGUGGAACAUCACGGCAGCAACCUCCAGCACUACAUUCUCACACUCAUGUCCAUUGUAUCCUCUAUAUAUAAGGACCCUAGCAUUGGAAAUCUGAUUAAUGUCGUCAUUGUGAAGUUAGUUAUCAUAAAUAACGAGCUGGACGGGCCCGUGGUAUCCUUCAACGCACAGACCACUUUAAAAAACUUCUGUAUAUGGCAGCAGGGUCAGAAUCAGCUUGAUGACAGCCACCCCUCCCACCACGACACAGCAAUCCUCAUUACCAGGCAAGACAUCUGCCGAGCACGUGACAAAUGCGAUACCCUAGGUCUUGCAGAGCUGGGCACUGUUUGUGACCCAUACAGAAGUUGCAGUAUUAGCGAGGAUAAUGGACUAAGCACUGCUUUCACCAUUGCCCAUGAACUAGGCCAUGUGUUCAACAUGCCCCACGACGACAGUGCCAAAUGCAAAGAGGACGGUGUGAAGAACCAGCAGCAUGUCAUGGCGCCAACACUCAACUACUACACCAACCCGUGGAUGUGGUCCAAGUGCAGCCGCAAAUUUAUCACGGAGUUCCUCGACACAGGGUAUGGAGAGUGUUUACUUGACGAGCCAACAUCCCGACCAUACAGUCUGUCUCAGCAGCUGCCUGGACGGAUAUACAAUGUCAAUAAACAAUGUGAAUUGAUAUUUGGGCCAGGAACACAGGUGUGCCCAUAUAUGACCCAGUGCCGCAGGCUGUGGUGCACCAGCCCGGAGGGAGCGCAGCGGGGCUGCCGCACCCAUCACAUGCCCUGGGCAGAUGGGACCGACUGCUCCCCUGGGAAGCACUGCAAGCAUGGCCUGUGCAUCACCAAAGAGCAUGACGCCACACCCGUGGACGGCGCCUGGGGUGUGUGGAGCCCCUUCGGAACCUGUUCUCGGUCCUGCGGUGGGGGGAUCAAGAUCGCCGUGCGGGAGUGCAACCGACCCAUCCCCAGGAAUGGGGGGAAGUACUGCGUGGGGCGCCGUAUGAAGUUCCGCUCCUGCAACUCCGAGCCCUGCUCCAAGCUAAAGAAGGACUUCCGAGAGGAGCAGUGCGCCACGUUUGACGGCAGGCACUUCAACAUCAACCUUCUACCUCCAAACGUUCGCUGGGUGCCAAAAUACAGUGGAAUCCUGAUGAAGGAUCGGUGUAAGCUCUUCUGCCGGGUGGCUGGGAGCACGGCCUACUACCAGCUCAGGGACCGGGUCAUUGACGGUACCCCAUGCGGUCCAGACACCAAUGACAUCUGUGUGCAGGGCCUCUGCAGGCAAGCGGGGUGUGACCACGUGCUGAACUCCAAGGCGAGGAGGGACAAGUGUGGUGUGUGCGGAGGGGACAACUCCUCGUGCAAGACUGUCGCGGGCACGUUCAACACCGUCCAUUAUGGAUACAAUGUGGUCGUUCGAAUACCCGCUGGUGCUACAAAUAUUGACGUGCGACAACACAGCUACUCAGGGAAACCAGAGGAUGACAACUACCUCGCUGUUUCUGACAGUCGUGGGGAAUAUUUGCUCAAUGGAGGGUUUGUGGUCAGCAUGUUCAAAAGGGAAAUCAAGUUGGGGAAUGCUGUCCUUGAGUACAGUGGCUCCGACCACGUCGUCGAGAGACUCAACUGCACUGAUAAAAUCGAGGAGGAGAUCAUUGUCCAGGUGUUAUCUGUGGGGAACCUGUUCAACCCGGAUGUCAGGUAUUCCUUCAACAUCCCCAUCGAGGACAAGCCACAGCAGUUCUUCUGGGAUGCCUACGGUCCAUGGCAAGAAUGUAGUAGGCUUUGCCAAGGAGAGCGAAAGAGGAAGAUCCUGUGCGGCCGUGACACGGACCGCGUGGUGGUGUCGGACCAGAGGUGCCACGGAUCGGCCCGGCCCGUCGCCAUCACCGAGCCCUGCAACACAGAGUGUGAACUCAGGUGGCACGUCGCCCGUAAAAGUGAGUGCAACGCUCAGUGUGGCCUGGGCUACCGCACCCUGGAGAUCUACUGUGCCAAGCACAGCCUCACCGAGGGCAAGACCCAGAAGGUGGACGACCGUUACUGCAGCAACCAGCGCAAGCCCGACGACAAGGAGGGUUGCCAUGGAGACUGCAACCCUGGCGGCUGGGAGUACUCCCCAUGGUCAGAGUGCUCCAAGAGCUGCGGAGGAGGCACGCGUCGACGGGGGGCAGUGUGCGGGAAGGCGGCGGAGGGCGGCGGUGACGAGAGCAAAUGCAACCAUCGGGACAAGCUUACCGUCCAGCCCUGCAACGACUUCCAGUGCCCUCAGUGGAAGACAGGCGACUGGUCAGAGUGUUUAGUGACCUGUGGGAAAGGAUACAAGCACCGGCAGACCUGGUGUCUGUUCGGAGAGGACCGUCUGGACGAUAGGUUCUGUGACGUGUCUAAGCCGGAUUCGGUGCAGACCUGCCAGCAGCAGGAGUGUGCCUCAUGGCAGGUUGGCCCCUGGGGACAGUGCACCACCACGUGUGGACAGGGCUACCAGAUGAGGGCGGUGAAGUGUGUGGUGGGGUCGUACGGGUCCGUCAUGGACGACACCGAAUGUAACGCGGCCACCAGGCCCACAGACACUCAGGAUUGUGAAGUAGCUCAGUGCCCAGUUCCACAUCCUGUUGCACCAGACCCCAAAGUCCUGGCUCAUCCUGGUCACAAAACUCAGUGGAGAUUUGGAUCAUGGACACAGUGCAGCGCCUCUUGUGGCAAGGGCACACGGAUGCGCUAUGUGAGUUGCCGUGACAACCAGGGAGGAGUGGCCGAGGAGGCUGCCUGUGCUCACCUUCCCAAACCGGCGGCGCGGGAAGUUUGCCAGGUAGUGGCAUGCGGCCAGUGGAAGGUUCUGGAAUGGACUCCGUGCUCGGUCUCCUGCGGCCAGGGCAAAGCCAACCGGCAGGUGGUGUGUGUGAACUUCAAUGACCAGGUUGUGGACGUGAGCGAGUGCGACCCCGACGACCGGCCGGCCCGCGAACAGGAGUGCGCCAUGCCCCAGUGCCCCUCCCGGCCCAGUGACCACGGCUCCUUCCCCUCCAACCCCAAGAGCGCGCCGCCUUCCGGGACCGGCGACAGCAGGAGAGGCCGCAACCAGUGGAGAACCGGACCUUGGGGAGCUUGCUCCAGUACCUGUGCGGGAGGCUUCCAGAGGCGUGUGGUGGUGUGCCAGGAUGAGAACGGCUACACGGCCAACAACUGCGACGAGAGCUCCCAGCCCAACGAGCAGCGCUCCUGUGAGUCCGGACCCUGCCCUCAGUGGGUCUACGGCAACUGGGGAGAGUGUACGAAGUCCUGUGGCGGCGGGAUAAAAACACGGCUGGUCGCAUGUCAGCGGCCCAACGGGGAGCGCUUUAACGAUCUGAGCUGUGAAAUUCUUGACAAACCGCCCGACCGAGAGCAGUGCAAUACUCACUCGUGCCCGUCUAACCCUCACUGGAGCGCAGAUCCAUGGAGCUCGUGCUCCGUCUCCUGUGGAAGGGGAUACAAGUACCGGAACGUGACGUGCAUCAGUCGAUCCAGACGGCCAAUCCCUGAGGAGAACUGCCAGCACCUGCCACGCCCCAGCAAGCAGAGGAGAUGCCGAGGGGGGCGCUGCCCCAAGUGGAAGGCCAGCAGCUGGGGAGAGUGCUCGACAACAUGUGGCAACGGUUUACAGCAUCGAGAUGUUUUCUGUCAGUUUGGAGAUCAACGUCGCGCGGAUGAGACAGAAUGCGCCAGAAUUCCUGCUCGCCCGCCUUCCAGUCAGACCUGUCGUCCCGCUGAUUGCCCGUCGCCGUACAGGUGGAGCGUCGGAGACUGGCGACCAUGCAGUAGGACGUGUGGCUCGGGCCACAGGAGAAGACCAGUGCCCUGCCUGGAUCACAGUGACGAGGAGGUGCAUGAGAUGUACUGCAUAACCAAGACCAAACCAACAGAUUCUGAAGCCUGCAACACAGAGGCCUGCGAAUUCAUCUGGAUCACAGGGGAAUGGACAGAGUGCUCAGUCACGUGUGGGCAGGGAUAUCAGAGGAGGCUGGUCUCCUGCAGUGAGGUGCAUUCUGGGAAUGAUAAUUAUGAGUAUGGGCAUCAGUCUUCAUCAAACUGCCCUGGGACCCCGCCAGAGAGCUUCCUGGAGUGCAACGCUGGCUCCUGUCCUCCUCACGAGGCCUGGAGGGUUGGCAUCUGGGGACCGUGUUCAGUGACCUGUGGGGAGGGCUGGUUGGAGAGGACUGUGCAGUGUGUAACAUCAGAAGGGGAAGCCAGCAACAGGUGUCCGAUAUCUGCCAGACCAGAGGCACGCAAGGCCUGCAGCAACCCUUCCUGCCACUUGCCCACGAGCUGCAGAGAGGUCCAGAGCAUGACUGGCUUCCCGGCGGAUGGGGAACAGAUACUGAACGUACAAGGAAAAGCACUCAAGAUCUACUGCGCAGGAAUGCAGACAGACAGUCCAGGGGAAUACAUCACCUUGAUGACCGGCGAGGCUGAGAAUUUCUCAGAAGUCUUUGGCUUCAGGCUGAUCGACCCGACCGAGUGCCCAGCCAACCUGAGCCGAAGAGAGGACUGCAACUGUAGAAGGGACUACACCGCCGCUGGCCUCUCCACCUUCAGCAAAGUCCGGCUGGACUUCAGCAAGAUGCAGAUCAUCACCACAGAUUGGCAGUUUGCCGUCACACGAGAGGGCCGCCACGUGCCGUUUGCCACUGGAGGAGACUGCUACAGUGCCGCCCGCUGUCCACAGGGCCGCUUCAGCAUCAACCUCUCAGGGACAGGCUUCUAUGUGACGGAGCAGACUAAGUGGAUUUCCCAUGGAAACUACGCCGUUGCCGACAUACACAAGUCACAGGAUGGCAGUAGAGUUACAGGGAUGUGUGGUGGCUAUUGCGGCAAAUGCACUCCUUCAACAAGCUCCGGCCUUCUUGUGCGAGUCUCAUAACACAACCACAUCCAUCAGUGAUGUUUCCCAACUCCCCAUGUGAUCUUGCUUAUCUGUCUGUGGUGCUAAACAAACCGAAGGACUCGUCCUCUUAAAGAACCUCUACCCCUCCAAAAUGUGUACAUUUGUAAAUGAUGUUGCUGUAAUUACUGUACAUAUGCUAUGUGAAUUAUUUAUUAUACUCAACAUUUAUUUUUAUAUUGUGAAAUUAUUUAAGUUUUUUUUUCUUUUUUUUUAAAGCAACUUGCCAUUUUGCCUAUCUACAUGCACACCUCUGCGUCUGUCAGACAUUUUUAUGUGACAUGAAUAUGUCAUGACAGCAAACACAGUAUGUAUCAUACACAGCCUCAGUGGCUUUUUAGGAUCUGUCCCUCCCGUCUCUGUCAGAGUCAACGGUGAGGUGUAUCAGCUAACACGGGUCAGGCCAGGCCAAUUAUGCCCGUUCAGCGAUGAAGAGGUUGCGUGCUAGCAGUCAGGGACGCAGGCCGCCUGAAGCAGGUGCCGACGGCACCGGGGCGGGGUGCACUGAACCGUGCCACGUGGAUCGAUGAGGCGCUGCCAGGAGCAGAGCGGAGACGCAGCAGGGAAGCAGGGGGAACAGGUGCACAGGUACACAGCCGGCGUGAGGCGGUGUGCAGCGCAACACAGCGCCGCCAUCAUCAUCAGCGCUAGGUGCUCCAGAUGCUACAAACAUGUGGCCAUUUUCCGGUCAGGGAGGUUUUCAGGAGGCGGCACGGCAUACAGAUCGAAACACGCAUAUGAAAGCACAGACACACACACACACACACACACAUAGGCACACACAUACACAAAUAUACACAUACAU